UGGGUGGGGGCACAAGGGUCGCUUUUAUCUCUUCCUCCACUAUAUGACUUGCAUACUGAAUUUGGCACCGCCAGCAAACCCGGCCUACACCUCCUCUUUCACUCUCCCACUCCCACUACUUGGGAAUAUAUAAACAAGGUACCGUUAUUCUUUUCGAACACGCGUCAAUGGUGUGUGUCGCUCUAGCGUCGUCGGCAUGUCGACACGAAAAGGAACUAGGCCUCCGCCCUGUUGUGCAACUGUGCUUUCGCUUUUAACGAAAAAGAAUGAGGCUGGCCGUCGCUUUUGUGGUACAAAAUGGCUGGUGGACGACGCUCUCGCUCUUGCUGUUCGGACCUAAAACUCAAAAGGUUCACUUUAAAAUUACACAACCCGCGUUUCCUUGUUAUUUUUGCAGCAUUAAAAGAAGUCCGUCAAUCAUCAAACCCUUACGCUUAGUGGCGUGUUCCCUUCCAGCUCUUCUAUGCAUAUAUGACUUGUGCGUAAAAUCAUCGAUUGCAUGAUGCUUUUUUCAAGUCUCUUUAACUACUGCUACACAUGUCUAGCAAUAUAUUUAGAGGUUUGAUCAUUUCUUUCAUACCUUUUAUAUAUGCGUACAUCUUAUUGAGCUAGAAAGAUAUACUGUAUGGCUAAAAGAUCUUUGUCGUAUAUGGUGCGAUUUUGAACAUUGUAUACUGCAU